AUGAUGCCGGCAAUAAAUAUUUUCUGGUUGCGUUGACUCGCAAUUUAUGUGUAAUACGUUUUGGGAUUCUUGAUCCCGGCCUGUCUUACGUUUGUGGGACAGGGAUAAGAUAAUAUCUUGUGUUCUUGAUGUUCUUUGAUCGCCUUUGACUCGGGACAUCUCAUUGAACAAUUUACAACGUUCAUGCCACCUUAACAUCACGAAUACUAUUAAUGUAUGUUUGGAAUCAUCCGAUGCGCAGCAAGCUGCAGAGUGAUGUGCUGAGGGAAGCAAUCACCCAAGUCACCACGGACUCCAGAGAGAAGAAGAGGAAGUUCCUCGAAACCAUCGAGCUGCAGAUCGGCCUGAAGAACUACGACCCCCAGAAGGACAAGCGCUUUAGUGGCUCGGUGAAGCUCCCCCAUAUCCCUCGCCCCAAGAUGAAGGUCUGCAUGCUGGGAGACGCCCAGCAUGUUGGAGAGGUUUGUGGUCUAUAAUUUUCCGAGAACCCUAGAAACCGAGCCCUUUUUUCAGAUUGAGGGGAUCAUCGUUCGGCUCUGUCGGAGGUUCCGUCGACUCCAGAAGAAUUAGGUUUGUUCUUGUGCAGGCGGAGAAGAUCGGGCUGGAGUACAUGGACGUCGAGGGGUUGAAGAAGAUGAACAAGAACAAGAAGCUGGUGAAGAAGCUCGCGAAGAAGUACCAUGCCUUCCUCGCCUCUGAGGCCAUCAUCAAGCAGAUCCCCAGGCUUCUGGGCCCUGGGCUCAACAAGGCAGGCGAGUGAAAACCCCCACACUCUCCUCCACCCGCCCUAGAUGGGUAAGCCUGACAUUUCUCUUUUUUGGGGCGAGGGAUGGCACAGGGAAGUUUCCGACGUUGGUGACUCACCAGGAAUCUCUGGAGUCGAAGGUCAACGAGACCAAGGCGAUGGUUAAGUUCCAGCUGAAGAAGGUCCUCUGCAUGGGCGUCGCCGUGGGCAACUGCGGGAUGGAGGAGAAGCAGAUCUUCCAGAACGUGCAGCUCUCCGUCAACUUCCUCGUCUCCCUCCUAAAGAAGAACUGGCAGAACGUAAGCCCCUGUUCCUCUCACUGAUUCUUUCUCUUUCUCUCUCUAACCUCUGCCUGUAUGGAGCAGGUCCGGUGCCUGUACCUGAAGAGCACCAUGGGGAAGCCGGUUCGGGUGUUCUGA